CUGUGUUGGUGUGGAUGAGGACGAGGCUCCAGACAUUGACAUCUACCACUGUCCCAACUGUGAGAAGACCGAUGGAAAAUCCACCAUGAAAAACAAGAAAAGGAAUAAACACGACACGGGACAGAGAGGAGACAUCAAAGCUGUUCAGAACGGCAGUCAGGUGUUCAUCAAGGAGCUACGCAGUCGCACCUUCCCCAGCUCUGAGGACAUUGUGGUGAAGCUGAACGGCAGUCAGUUGACGAUGGACUACCUGGAAGAGGUUGGUUUUAACGAGCCAAUCCUGGUUCUGAAGAAGGACGGUCUAGGGAUGUCCAUGCCCGCUCCUACCUUCUACAUCAAUGAUGUGGAGAACCAUGUUGGGCCAGACAUCGGUGUGGAUGUGAUAGAUGUGACCAAGCAGAAAGACAGUAAAAUGAAGCUGAAGGAGUUUGUAGAUUACUACUUCAGCACCAGCAGGAAGAAAGUAUUAAAUGUUAUCAACCUGGAGUUCUCUGACACACGGAUGGACAGUAUAGUGGAGAGCCCUCAGAUUGUGCGGAGGUUGUCGUGGGUAGAGAACUACUGGCCAGACGAUGCUCUCCUGGGGAAACCUAAAGUCACUAAGUACUGUCUGAUCGGUGUUAAAGACAGCUACACUGACUUCCACAUCGAGUGUGGAGGGGCCUCCGUAUGGUACCACGUACUCAAGGGAGAGAAGAUCUUCUUCCUGAUCAAGCCCACGUCAGCCAACCUAUCGCUGUACGAGCGCUGGAGGUCCUCAGCCAAUCACACAGAGAUGUUCUUCGCUGACCAGGUGGACAAGUGUUACAAGUGCACUCUGAAGCAGGGACAGACCCUAUUCAUACCAUCAGGUUGGAUCAAUGCAGUUCUGACUCCAGUGGACACGCUGGCCUUUUCCGGACACUUUGUCCACAACCUGAGUGUUGAGAUGCAGAUGAGAGCGUACGAGGUGGAGAAGCGUCUCAAGGUGAAUUGUCUGACUCCGUUCCCCAACUUUGAGACUGCCUGCUGGUACGUGGGCCGACACCUGCUGGAGAGGUUUAAAGGUUUACACAAGGCCAACAGACAGCCAGCUGCCUACCUGAUCCAUGGAGCUAAGAUCAUCAAUGGAGCCUUCAGGGCCUGGACUAAGAAACAGGCUCUGUUAGAACACGAGGAUGAGCUUCCAGAGAACAUGAAGCCCACUCAGCUCAUCAAGGACCUGGCCAAGGAGAUCAGGAUCUCAGAGAAUGCGGCUAAAGCCAUUAAGAGUGAUUCGAGUAGCAAGGCUCCAGUGGAGGAACCCCCUGCUGCCCCAUUAGAGCCUGAGGACCCUGCUUCCCCCUCCAGCGACCCCUCUCCGUCCCCUCCUCCUCGGGAGAAACCAGCCAGGAAGAAGGCCUCCAAGCCCCCAAAACCUCCAAAGGUCCCCAAACCUCCCAAGGUCCCCAAAGCGAAGGAGGGAGGGAAGAAGAAAGGAAAGAAAGAGAAGGAAGUCCCUGCUCCUCCUAGAUUGAAGCCCUCCAGCCUGGCAGCUCUGGAGUCUCACGCCAAGGACAUCCUCAGCAAGAUGGACCAGCCCAAGAAAGGCAAGAUGGGGGCAAGAAUGUCCUGAGCAUAGGAAAAGGACACCUGUAAGCAGAAUGACCUGGAGAAGUUUGAGAUCCGAGAACAGAACAAGAAACAGACGGAAGCCAAGUGGAAAUAUAAGAACAGCAAACCAGAUUCCUUACUGAAGAUGGAAACUGAAGAGCACAAGUUUGAGAGAACGCCACUAUCAGGCAACAAAGACAAGUUUUCAUUCUCAUUGACACACAAGAAGUUACUAGGUUCUAAGCUGAAGCCCCAGACCAAUUCCAGUGUGUUCAGCUCGUUACAAAACCUAAAGGAGGACAAGGCCAAGCCGGUGAGAGACGAGUAUGAGUACGUGUCAGACGAAGGAGAGUUGAAGAUUGAUGAGUUCCCCAUCAGGAGGAAAAAGAACGCCGUCAAGAGGGACUUAUCCUUCCUGUCAAACAUCAAAGACCCAAUCCACCCAUCCAAGAAGCCAAAGCUCCUCCCCUCUGCUGUCAAGAAGGCUGACUCGUCAGAUGAGGAGUCGCUCCACAUCGACACAGAGGUCAAGCCGGAGGAAGGUCGUAACUCAAAGGUGAAAAAGAAGACGGGCAUCCUGGACCUUCUCCAGGCCAGCAAGGCAGUGGGAGGUGAGAAAUAUGAAAAUAACAGUCAGCCACCUGCAUCUCCCAGCACACAGGAGGCCACAGGGAUGUUGUCUAUGGCCAACCUGUCCUCCGGGGCUACCGCAGAGGCUGCAGCCAUCUCCUCUGACACCCCUGGAGGAGGAGGUGGUUCCUGGGGCAGGAACCAUGCCAACACCACCAUGGCUGGACGGAAGGGAGGAACACGAGGAGGAAAAGGAGGAGAUGGGAACAGUAAGCGGCCAGCCAAACCCAAGAAAACAAAGAAGAACAGCAGCAUCGAGUUUGAUGACGACCAUGAUCACAUGGACGCCUGCUUCAAGGACUCAGACUAUG